CAUUCUUCUUCAAGAGAUUUUACCUUCUUUUCUAUUAUAGAUUUCUCAGUUUCCUCCAAACUCAAACUGUUUAUUUUGGUUGGCAGACAAUAGAAGAGCUUAGACAUUCUCUUCUUCACACAACAAUGGAGUUAGAGCAAACAAGAAUGGUAGCCAGUGAAGAACUCAUUGCCAAAGAUGACCAGAUAAUGCAUCUCAAAGAACUUCUCAACAAAGCUAUCAAAGAGAAAGAUGAAGCACAAGAGAGAUACAAGAGGCUUCUUCUUGACCAACACUUCAUCCUACAACGCCAAACCGACGAAGAGCAAGACCCAAACAUCAAUGGGUUUCACUCAUCAGACGGUGAAGAAAGCAUUGUCUCAUCUUUUGAACCACCGAUGGAGAUCGAGUUAGAUUUUCCGGAGAUGACAUUACCGGAGAAAGGGAAGCUUUUAAAGGCGGUAGUGAAGGCAGGGCCUUUGCUUCAGACUCUGCUUCUAGCUGGACAGCUUCCACAAUGGCGUCAUCCGCCACCACAACUUGAGUCCUUUGAAAUUCCACCAGUGAUUAUUGCUGAAGCAUCACCAUUGUCACAAGAUAGUUGUGGGAAUAAUCUAAACAGGAAGAGAGUUCACUGUGACGAGUCUGAUUCCGAAAGAGAGACCAAGUACCAAAGGCUCUUGCCUUGAUCGUUUAUGUACUCACAUUUCACUUAAUCAUCAAGUAUGUAUAGAAAGAGUUGGCUUUUCUUUGUAUUCUUUCCAAGGGAUCAUUGUAUACCAAGCAGUGGAGCAGUCCUGCCUUUGGGUUAACCAUUUUCUUAUUUUGGUGUCUAGAUCCAUCAUGUUUUAGAAAAAAAGAUUUAGUAUCGGUUUCUUCCGGGGUGAGCAUGACUCUUUUGAUAAUAAGCUUGGUAAUUCUAC